ACGCUGACGCUCACACAACGCGGCAGGAAGACACACGGGAAACACUACCACCGCUGUCUGGACUCCUGAAGCGCCAUGACAGCCCCGAGGACCUUCACGGUGGUGGGGAACUGGAAGAUGAACACACUGAAGGAAGAUAUUGACAAACUCUCGAGCAUCCUAAAUACUGCGACCAUUUUUCCCAACACAGAGGUGGUGGUUGGGUGUCCAUCUUGCUACCUGGAGUACGCCCGCCAACAGCUGCCGCCCACCAUCGGCGUGGCGGCGCAGAACUGCUUCAAGGAGGCGAAAGGGAACUUCAGCGGCGAGAUCUCGCCAGCCAUGAUCCAGGACUGCGGGUGCGAGUGGGUGAUACUGGGCCAUCCCGAGAGGCGGAUGUUGUUCCAGGAGUGUGACGAGUUGAUCGGCCAGAAGGUGGCCCACGCCCAGAAAGCAGGACUCAAGAUUGUGGCGUGUGUGUGCGAGACGAAGGCGGACCGCGAUGAGGGCCUCACACAGCAGGUUCUGGCCGCACAGAUGGAGUCCCUGGCGGCAUCCAUCUCCGACUGGUCCCGCGUGGUGGUGGCCUUCGAGGCGCUGUGGGCCAGCAACACGGGGGUGCUGGCCACGCCGGCCCAGGUGCAGGAGACCAUGGCCAUGAUCCGGGAGUGGCUGCGGCAAAACGUUAGCAACGAUGUCGCCGACAGCACGCGCCUCAUCUACGCAGGAUCGGUGUCCUCUGGUAACUGUGAGGAGCUGGCGCGGCUGAGGGACGUGGACGGGUUCCUGGUCGGCAGCGCCGCGCUCAAGCCGGACAUCGUGAACAUCUUAAAAGCGUCGCGGGUUUCGUGUUCAAGAUUGUGGGCAGGACAAAAACGUCUUCAAGCCACCAGUCAGCUUAUCACCAACAUCAGAGAGACACGAUUUACACAACUUUCUUUGGACACUCGGCGUCUCUAGGGUUACGUGUAUGUGUGUGUGUGUGUGUGUGUUUGUGUGUGUCAUUCACCUACGGUCGUCUGAUGGUCACCCAUACAGUCGUUCCCCUACGGAAAGAACCCAGAGCUCGUACUGACUUGUCUUUGGAUAGGGCUGAGACCCACUCACACACCACACACCGGAAUAGCGAGGUCACAAGCCCUCGGACUGCAUCCCGUAUACCUGCUUGUUGCUAGGUGAACAGGGACUACACAUUAAGAGGCUCGCAUAUUUGCCUCGCCGAGACCGGGACUCGACUUUGGGCCUUCUCUGUUAUGAGCUGAGCGUGCUAACCAGUACACUACGCGGUAUGUGUGUGUGUGUGUGUGUGUGUGUGUGUAACAUGAUUCCUGCUCACAAUAAAUAUUUGAAAAACCUAAAGGCUGCAGCUCAGCGCCAGUAUCGCCUGUACCGCCCGCAUCACUGCCACUCUUCACUGUAUAGACGAUGAAUAGGAAUAGCGGCGGGGGUGUCUCAGAGUGUUCGGCACUUCCUGGUGACCAAACUAUUUAGCAAACCUAAUUUCCGCCGAUAAAGUGCCCUCCAAUAGAGGCUCUUGUUAGCAAGUGAACAUCAGUGUGCGCACUUUCCAUUCCAGUUUUUUAUUUCCAACUGAGUAAAGCAUUUUCAUUCAGCAACUUUCUCUGUUUUUGCAUAGAAUAUGUAAGCAGCUACUAAUAUGAUAUAUCCAUAUGCCAAUAUUCAUGAAUAAUAAUUUUACGACUAUGGUGUGUUAAUGCAUGUAAAUGUGACACAUGAAAGCUCUCUCUCUCUCUCUCUCUCUCUCUCUCUCUCUCUCUCUCUCUCUCUCUCUCUCUCUCUCUCUCUCUCUCUCUCUCUCUCUCUCUCUCUCACGAAAUAUAAAAAAACAUAUGAA